CAAGGAUCUAACGGCCAGCAUCGCUCAGCCAUUCGUUUAUAUUCACAAAUAUAAACCCUAAUUCCCCCUCUCACUCUAUCCAUCGCCGCACACUCGCUCCGUAGAGACUCGUCUGCUUUCGCCGCCGUCUUCUUCGAUCUCCGCUCGUCAAUCAAGAUGGUGCUCCAGAACGAUAUUGAUUUGCUUCACCCACCAGCUGACCUCGAGAAGAGGAAGCACAAGCUCAAGAGGCUCGUGCAGACCCCUAAUUCAUUCUUCAUGGACGUCAAAUGCCAGGGAUGCUUCAACAUUACCACUGUGUUCAGCCACUCGCAAACAGUUGUGGUGUGCGGAAACUGCCAGACAGUUUUGUGCCAGCCAACUGGUGGGCGUGCCAGGCUCACUGAGGGGUGCUCUUUCAGGAGGAAGGGAGACUGAUGCUGCUACAUUAGUACACUUUUGACUCUAAAUUAUGUGCAAGAGGGCGUUUGAGCCUUGAUUUCAUGGAAGGAGAGAAAUGGAUGCUUUCUUGUUGUGUUUUAUUAUCUAGAAUUGGUUUUUGGUAUUUAAUUUUGUUAAGAUUGCUUAAUGUGAUACUGGUGCGUUUCAGAACUUCCUUGAUUAAGUUAGCUGUUUGAUGUUAUCAAUUUUCAAUCUCAUCUUCAAACUUUAUUACGGUUUGUGCUUUGUUACUUUGUACAAUUGUCAGUUUUCUUUGUUC